AUCUUCAAACUGGUCCCUGCCGGGAGCUCAAAAGGUGUUGACAUCCCUGGGGAUCUGAGACUUGCCUGGAACUCCUAAUUCAAGCCAUGAUCCUGCAGCUCUGGGCCUCCUGUCUUUUCCCACUGUUCCUGGUCAGCUUAGCUCAGCUGACUCCGAAGCAGCAACAGAUGAAGGUGGAUUGCUAUAAGGGGGUGACAGGCACCAUCUAUGAGUAUGGAGCCCUCACCCUCAAUGGUGAGGAGUAUAUCCAGUUCAAGCAGUACGCGGGCAAGCAUGUCCUGUUUGUCAAUGUGGCCACCUAUUGAGGCUUGACAGCUCAGUAUCCAGAACUGAAUGCACUACAGGAGGAGCUGAAGCCUUUCGGUGUAGUUGUGUUGGGCUUUCCCUGCAACCAAUUUGGAAAACAAGAGCCAGCAAAGAACUCGGAGAUCCUUAUGGGGCUCAAGUAUGUACGUCCAGGUGGUGGCUUUGUUCCCAAUUUUCAGCUCUUUGAGAAAGGGGAUGUGAAUGGAGAAAAAGAACAGAAGGUCUUUACCUUCCUGAAGAACUCCUGCCCUCCAACCUCUGAUCUUUUGGGCUCAUCAAGUCAGCUCUUCUGGGAGCCCAUGAAGGUCCAUGACAUUCGCUGGAACUUUGAGAAGUUUCUAGUGGGGCCUGAUGGUGUCCCUGUCAUGCGUUGGUACCACCGGGCUUCAGUCAGCACAGUUAAAUCAGACAUGCUGGAGUACCUGAAGCAGUUCAAAAGCGAAUAGGAAGGGCCAGACACCGUCAGAAGUUGCCUCCCAUCUGAAGAACAUGUUUAAGGAUCCCAUCUUUGACCAAACCAUCCUGUUCAGCCCAAAUAUGUGUGUGUGUGUAAGAGAGAGACAGAGAGAGACAAAUAAGGAAAAGUAAACCUGUCUCCCAACUCUCUGAUCUCAAAAUAUCAAAUUUUUUCCACUCCAUUCCAAAGGAAAAUCAUAUUAUAGAUUGGGACUACCCAUAUCCCUAAAAACGCAAUAUUCAGAAGUCUAUCCUUUCCCAAGGCUGAAGGUUUAAGAAAAGCAGAAACUGGCAGCAAGACUCUCAGCAUCUCCUUAAUAGCCUCUUCUCUCCUCCAAGACAGGCAUGCAUUGUUAAAUUCUUCCUCUCCCUAGUUAGUUUCCAUUUAGUCCCCUGACACUCUGAGUUCUCUUGUAGGAUCUCUGAAGGCAGAGUGAGAGCAGAAACUUCAUCUCACAUGAGCGGAGGGGCAUCUCCAUGAUGGUGGGUCCCAAAGCCCCUGUGGGCGGGACCCAAC